AUCAAUAUCUUCUUCGUAGUAUUUCUUGUUUGUGUUCAGUGAUACGAUGUCAUUAGAUAACAAGUGGUGCUUUUUUUGUAACAAAAUAUUAUAGGUAUUUACAAUUAUGUUUAGCUUUAAUAUAAAAAUUUAUUUUCCCUUUAGUAAAAGCAGUUUCCUAAAUCUUCUUUUUUUGUACCUGUUUGAGCUAGAUAAUUUAGCCACAAUAUAAAUAUAUAAUUUAUCUAUGGUUUUAUUACAUCAAUGUAUAUCAAUUACCAUUAUACGGCAAUAUAUGAUGUUCCAAAUAUAUUUUUUGAUAUUAAUUACUUGCAGAAUUCUAUAAAUUAUAGAAAUAAAAUGAAAUUCUGUAAUGGAAAAUUUCCAUACUUUCGAAAUAUUUUGAUGAAAUCAAAUUAAGUUGUCUGUGAAUUAUUGAAGUAAUAAUCUUAUCCAGCAACUUGAGAUAUUUUUAUUUUCAAAAAAUAAUCUUUCUUCUAUAAGACAUAUGGUUUCUAAUAUUUAAAUAGACAUUUAUACUCACAUAACAUACUUAAGGUAUGUUCUGUGUUUAUACUAUGAAACAGAAAUAGAAGAAGAAUUGACUGUUCAAUGUAUACUACGAUUUGCUUACAUGUUUUGUUUAAAUAACUUCCAAUUAAUUAAUAAUUGGAUAUAACGCCGAAAGAAUGGAUACGGAGCAAAACACCGUUAAGGAAGUAGAUAUUUUCCAAAAUGAUUUUUUUUGGAAUAUUAAUGUUAAACAAGAAUUGAGUGAGGAAGUGUCUAUCCAUGAUUUUUCUAAUGUAAAUACAAUUAAUAUGCGUCCUAUUAAACAAGAAGUAAAUGAUGAAUUAAGCACAGUUCAAAUAUUUGGAGAAUCUACGGUUGUUACUAAAACAGAAAAGGACAGUUCUCGUAAGGUUAUACCUAAAAUUCGAAAUAAAUUUAAAGGUAAAAAACGGAAUCUUAGAAGACCAACUAAAUCAAGAGGACUGCUUAAAAGUGGGAAACAUCUAAAACCAAAUACUAUUUCUGGGAUUGUGAUCUGUAUGUUUUGUGGAAAUUUAUAUUUACAUCAAAUUGAAUUCUUUUGCCAUUUUUCUGCAAAUCAUUGUAUGAAACAAAAGAAAUUACUAUAUAAAAAGAAAUUUCACCAGAAAAAAAUAAGUUAUAAUGAAAAGCAAGGAACUGACCUUUCCAUAUUCAAAAAUCUUGAUGAAAAUGUGAAAAUUGAAAUAGAUGAUAUAAAACCAGAAUUACAAGAUAUCAGAUUUACUGAUAAUUUAAAGUUGAGUUUAGAUGACAUUCAGAAGUUGAAAAGGUGUGAUUUGAAUAGACAUUUGCGUAUCCGACGAGAAGAAAAGACUUUUAGAUGUGUAGUUUGUUCUAAAAGUUUUUCGAGGAGAAGUAAUCUGAAUGCACAUUUGCGUAUACAUGCUGGAGAAAAACCAUUCAAAUGUGACAUUUGUUUGAAAACUUUUUCGUUGAAAGGUAAUUUGAACGUACAUUUUCGUAGCCACGCGGGUGAAAAACCAUACAAAUGUGACGUUUGUCUGAAAACUUUUACUCAAAAAACUAAUUUAAAUGCACAUUCACGUAGUCAUACAGGAGAUAAACCAUUCAAAUGUGACAUUUGUUUGAGAUCUUUUUCCCAAAAAACUAAUUUGAAUGCACAUUUGGGUAAACUAACAGAAGGAAAACUGAUUAAAUGUGACAUUUGUUUGAAAAUUUUUCCAAACAAAUGUAAUUUGAAUACACAUUUGCUUGUCCACGCCAAGGAAAAGCUGUUUAAAUGUGAUGUUUGCUUAAAAAGUUUUUCACAAAAAAGUAAUUUACAUGCACACUUACGUACCCACCAAAGACAAAGUUCUUUCAAAUGUGAUUUUUGUCUGAAAACUUUUCCACUGAAACGUGAUUUGAAUGCGCACUUACGUAGUCACACAGGAGAAAAACCGUUCAAAUGUGAUGUUUGUUUGAAACAUUUUUCACGGAAAAGCAAUUUGAAUGCACAUUUUCGUACCCACGCAGGAGAGAAGCCGUUCAAAUGUGACAUUUGCUUCAAAACAUUUUCACUUAAAAUUCAUUUGAAAGUACAUAUGCGCAUUCACACAGGAGAAAAGCCAUUCAAGUGUGACAUUUGUUUGGAAUAUUUCACAUGGAAAACCAGUUUGAUGACACAUAUGCAAAGUCACACGAACGAAAAGCCAUACAAAUGCGACGUUUGUUUGAAAACUUUUUCACAGAAAAGUAAUUUGAAUACACAUUUCCGUAGUCACACAGGAGAGAAGCCGUUCAAAUGUGACAUUUGCUCGAAAACUUUUUCAAGGAAAAGUAAUUUGGAUGCACAUUUGCGUAGCCAUGCAGGGGAAAAACCAUUCCAGUGUGACAUUUGUUUUAAAACGUUUUCGUUGGUAGGUAAUUUGAAUGUACAUUUACGUAGCCACGCUGGAGAAAAACCAUUUAAAUGUGACAUUUGCUCUAAAACUUUUUCACAAAAAAAUAAUUUAAACGCACAUUAUCGUAUCCAUUCGGGUGAAAAGCCAUUCAAAUGCGACGUUUGUUUGAAAACUUUUUCGCAGAAAAAUAAUUUGAAUUCACAUUCGCGCAUUCACACGGGAGAAAAGCCGUUCAAGUGUGACAUUUGUUUAAAUACUUUUUCGCUUAAAAUUCACCUGAAAGUGCAUAUGCGUAUUCACACAGGGGAAAAGCCGUUCAAAUGCGACAUUUGCUUGGAAGACUUUACAUGGAAAGCUAGUUUAAUGACACAUCUGCGUAGCCACACAAAAGAAAAGCCAUUCAAAUGUGACAUUUGUCCGAAAACUUUUUCCCAGAAAAGUAAUUUGAAUACUCAUAUACGCAGUCACACCGAAGAAAAUACCAUUCAUGUGUGACAUUUGUUUGGAAACGUUUUAAUGUGAAAUGUAAUGGAAAAUUUUUUCAUUGAAAAGUAGUUUUUCAAACUUGAUAGGAUAAAAUUCAUUAAGAUUAAAUCAUAAACUUAAAACCUUUUACAUAACCAUAAACUGAGGUGGAAGGACGUGGAUGUAGAAGGGUUGUUUGUCAGUUUUUUUACAAAAAAAUGAUAAAAAAAACUUGGAGUCAUUUAAUAAAACUGCGUAUUUUCAUUUUGUUAAAAAAACAUAACCUCCAAACUGUUAACUGAAUCAACCAGGUGUGUAAAAAGUAGUUUUCCAAACCUGGCAGGAUAAAAUUGAUUCAAGUUGAACUAUCUGCUUAAAAACUUUCACAAAACAACACACAUUUAUGUACCAUAACUGAGGUGGAAGGACGUGGAUGUAGAAGAGGUUAUUUGUCAGUAUUUCUACAAGGAAAUGAUAAAAAGCUUGGAGAGUCAUUUAGUAAAGCUGCGUAUUAUCAUUUUUUUAAAAAAACCUAACCUCCAAACUCUUACUUCGAGUUUUUGUUAAACUGCUUCACUUAAUUCGGUCACGUGACUAUACCUGGACGUAUUGCUCCCAACAAGCUAAUUUGCGGUGAUAGCUGUAUUUUGUUAAAAUAAAACAAAUCUGUUAAUGUAACACCACGUAUAUUUAUUAGAACCUGUCAACAAAAGCCGCGUAUUGGAAUCGUCUUUUCUCAAGUCCAAAACACUGGCCUCAACCCCCCAUACCUGUUGAGCCAAUUAAUUGGAACUUUUAAUUGACUCGUACAAAGGUGGCGGGAUAGCUAUGAAAUAAAUAUAUAAUUGAUAACCUAUAUAAUACAAUGGCGAUCUCUUAUGUCCACACAGGACCGAAUCCUGACCUUGUUUGUAAAAACAGCAGCCCGGGUAUUUGUUGCAUUAAACUCUGAAUCAUAUUGACUCACCUCACUCCGGAAUAUUUUCAAAAUCGGUAUUGGUGGCGGUGAUAUGUUGCUGCCAACGAGUUUGGGCGCAGAAGAAAGAGAGUAGGUGACAAGAUGGGUUGCGCCUUUCCUCGAAACGAUUGGUGGUAUUCCAUAAUAAAGUGAAAUAAACAUAAUUAUUGAUCCUUUCGGGUAAUUUCACUUCAAUUCAAAUCGUACUGUCACUAAACCAGCGCCAUUUUGUAUGCGCUUCAUUUUAUGCUAUAUAUUAGAAUCAUCUUUACCUUUGCUCUACAUAAACAAGGGGUUUUAUUAAAGUACGUGGUUAAUAAAACAAAUCAUUUUUAAUAAAAAAGGCUUUAUUGCUUGUUAAUAAUAAUAAUAAAAGAAAAAUCCGUACAAUAAAACAUUUUACAUAGAACUACUGGGGUCUGUCAAGGCACGCGUCGUGCGCAAGAGCACAUCCACACAUCAUGCGCUCUCCGCACGAUAAUACACAUGCGCACAAAUAUAAAGGUUUCGAUAACCAAUUUGAUGAAUGUAGUUGUGUUUGGUUAGUCAUUUAUCAUUUUGGAUUUAAGAUUGUCUACAUUUUUUUUGUUACAUAAUUAAAUAAGAUUUAAAUGGCUAAAUUGUACUUAGGAAACGUUCUGUGCCAAAUUUUAUGGUAUAAGAUGCUUUUUUGGAUAAGUUAUUUCAAAUUACAAUUUUGAAAUUUCCAUUUCAAAAAACAAAAACUGAUAUUUGAUAUCUAUUUAUGGGUUUAAUAUUUUGUUUCGAUAUUACCAUCAUUUAUUGACAGGCAGCAAGACAAUUUCUCUACCAGAUAAGAAAGUUUAAGCAUUUCACUUUAUUUUUUGGUGCAUCUACUAUUCGAUUUUAUUUUGUAGUAAUAUGUGUUUAGCAUUGUCUCGAAUAAUUUUAAUAUAUUCAAACAUUAUUACUUU